AUGUCGACUCGGCCGUUGAGAUCGAUUCCGAUGGAGCUGAGUAACUUUGCACACACUUGUUCAAUACCAUCACCACUCCCUUCAGUGGCAGCAAACGUUUCAGAACACAAUCAACUCAUGGGAAGGCCCUAUCAUUUGCCCGCUGGAGGAGCGGUUGGUCAUUCAUAUUCAAAUGAUCUCCAUAAUGAGAAACACAUUGGAAGCAGUGACACACCUUUCACCUCUGAGAUAUUAGAUUGGGAUCCAGCUUCAAUCCUCGAUCCUUUUGAUUUUCCUUUGGAUUUGUCCAUUCAAAGCAAUCAAGUAGAGAAUGGUGGCAUCAUCGCAGCAUCUGAUGGCAUUCACAAACAAAGCGACUUGCCAGAAUUUGAUGACGAAUUGAUUUCUGAUGAGAAUCCUCUCAUGUCUACUUACUGGAACGAUCUUCUCCUUGACACAAGUUCCACCUCUGCUUCUUCACAGGUCAAGAAACCAACUAUGGAAUCGCAUAUUCAACAACCUCCACAAGUUGUUCUUCAGCAGCCUUCUCCUUGUGUUGAAUCGCGACCUCUUGUUAGGACAGUAUCCUCAAACAGCAACAACAACAGUUGCAACAGUAAUAAUGCAGCAGCUAAGGGACGUAUGCGUUGGACGCCAGAACUUCACGAGGCUUUUGUUGAAGCUGUUAAUCAGCUUGGUGGCAAUGACAAAGCAACACCUAAGGGUGUGCUGAAGCUCAUGAAAGUCCAAGGCUUGACUAUAUAUCAUGUCAAAAGUCAUUUGCAGAAAUAUAGGACAGCUACAUAUAUUCCAGAACCAUCACAAGGUUCGCCGGAGACAAAGUUGACACCGAUUGAGCAUACUGCACCUCUUGAUACUAAACGUGGGAUAGAUAUCACCGAGACUCUGCGAAUUCAGAUGGAACUUCAGAAGAAACUGCAUGAGCAGCUUGAGAUUCAAAGAAACCUGCAACUUCGGAUAGAAGAACAGGGAAAAGCCAUUAUCAAGAUGUUUGAGAAGCAAAAUAUGGGUUUUGGCAAACUGGAACAAGAAGACGAAACAAGUGCGCAAACGUCUGAAACUGGUUCAGUGGAAUCAGAUUCCCCGCGAUCAAAGCGUCCGAGAAACGAUCAAGGAAGGAAAGGUUUCCUGGGAUGA